GAUGGAUGCAGCAGCAGCGGUGAGACUUCUCUAGCAAAGAAACUGAGGUCGUUGCUGAUAAGGGCUGCCAAUAGGGCGUCGAUCCGGAACAAAUACAGGUACUUUGCUGCAGGUACGGCAAACGGUGUCAGAGAGGAGACGAGGACUGAUAGCGCAGGUCUGUUGUUGUGUAUCCCCCUGGGGCUCCACGGAAUCUAGGAGGAAGAAAGCAAGGUGGUUUUGUAGGUAGAGGUGAACUCGCAAAGACCAGGUGCCUUGCCCACAGCACAACGGUAGUCAAGCCAAAAUAUAACGGGCUACUUGUGACCCCCCUUGUCGGGCUCAGUCACUGCUUUCAAGUGGAGCAAUUCGCAAUUUUGUCGACGCAUGACAUCUCUCGGAGCGGCCACGACGCAGUGGGAUAGAGUUAGCGCUUCAAGAGACCCUGACGAUUACCGCCUCGGCAAAACUCAUGUCUGUUCCGCUCCCCUGAUUCGCACAGCUUCUUCCAUGAAUAUCAAUGCACAGUCCAGACUGUUUCGUGUAUCCGCUCAGUUGAUCCGACAGAGAUUUUAUCCAAAAGAUCGUCCAUCUUCUCGCAGUACGAGUGUUAUUACGCACGAAAGAGCCGAGACUAAGCGGUACGCGUUACCUACGUGUUCUGCAAAGCCCCAAGGCGGACGACUAUCUCCUUCUGAUGUUCUUGUGUGCCAUAUCACGUUCGUUACACCACGAAUGGCACCACCAAAGUUCAUGUUGGCGCUUUAUCUAUGCGCAAACAAAGACCGUAUUGCGCGAUGCUUUGCUCAUGAGUCAUCGGGAUAUCCCUACCUAGCUAGAUAUCGUUCUACCCGGGCCCGUGAGCAGCGGUCUUCAGACUUCUGCCCCGCUUGAGUCACGACCAUAUCAGCCAUGGCCGCCGGCCGGAAGAAUGGGCUCUCCUCUCUGCGCUCCGUGAGUCUUCCGCUUCUUU